AUGGAAAACGUGCCUUGUUUUAAAAAGUUUAAAACAAUUAGUAAUAAGAUUGAUAUAGAUAAUUGUCUUCUACAUCAAUGCCAGAACGGAGCCACAUGUAAAGAUAAAGUUAAUGGCUACGUGUGUAUCUGUCAAAUUGGGUACACAGGACAGCACUGCGAUACAGAUAUAAAUGAAUGUCUGCCAAAUCCAUGCAAGCACGGUGCUAACUGUAAUGAUAAAGUGAACGAUUACAGCUGCAUGUGUGCCCCAGGUUACAAAGGAAAGAACUGUGAAUUAGAUAUAAAUGAAUGUCUGUCAAAUCCAUGCAAGCACGGCGCUACAUGUAAUGAUAAAGUGAACGAUUACAGCUGCACGUGUCCCCCAGGUUACGAAGGAACGAACUGUGAAAUAGAUAUAAAUGAAUGUCUGCCAAAUCCAUGCAAGCACGGCGCUAUAUGUAAGGAUAAAGUGAACGAAUACAGCUGCACGUGUCCCCCAGGUUACAAAGGACAGAAUUGUGAAAUAGAUAUAGAUAAUUGUCUUCUACAUCAAUGCCAGAACGGAGCCACAUGUAAAGAUAAAGUUAAUGGCUACGUGUGUAUCUGUCAAAUUGGUUACACAGGACAGCACUGCGAUACAGAUAUAAAUGAAUGUCUGCCAAAUCCAUGCAAGCAUGGCGCUACAUGUAAUGAUAAAGUGAAUGAUUACAGCUGCAUGUGUGCCCAAGGUUACAACGGAAAGAACUGUGAAAUAGAUAUAAAUGAAUGUCUGCCAAAUCCAUGCAUGCACAGUGCUAUAUGUAUUGAUAAAGUGAACGAUUACAGCUGCAUGUGUACCCCAGGUUAUGAAGGAAAGAACUGUGAAACCGAUAUAAAUGAAUGUCUGCCAAAUCCAUGCAAGCACGGCGCUACAUGUAAUGAUAAAGUGAACGAUUACAGCUGCAUGUGUGCCCCAGGUUACAAAGGAAAGAACUGUGAAAAAGAUAUCAACGAAUGUAAACCAAACCCUUGUAAACACGGAUCAUCAUGCAUGAAUGAAGUUAAUGGUUACACUUGUGUCUGCCUACCAGGUUACGAAGGAAAGAACUGUGAAAUAGAUAUCAACGAAUGUAAACCAAACCCUUGUAAACACGGAGCAUCAUGCAUGAAUGAAGUGAAUGGUUACACGUGUGUCUGCAAACCAGGUUACGGAGGAAAGAACUGUGAAAUCGAUAUCAACGAAUGUAAACCAAACCCUUGUAAACACGGAGCAUCAUGCAUGAAUGAAGUGAAUGGUUACACGUGUGUCUGCAAACCAGGUUACCAAGGAAAGAACUGUGAAAUAGACAUCAACGAAUGUAAACCAAACCCUUGUCAAAAUGGAGCAUUGUGUAUAAAUGAAGUGAAUGAUUAUACUUGUGUCUGCCAACUAGGUUACCAAGGAAAGAACUGUGAAAUAGAUAUCAACGAAUGUAAACUAAACCCUUGUAAAAAUGGUGCAUUGUGUAUAGAUAAGUUGAAUGGUCACACGUGUGUAUGCCUACCAGGUUACCAAGGAAAGAACUGUGAAAUAGAUAUCAACGAAUGUAAACCAAACCCUUGUAAACACGGAGCAUUAUGCAUGAAUGAAGUGAAUGGAUACACGUGUGUCUGCAAACCAGGUUACCAAGGAAAGAACUGUGAAAGAGAUAUCAACGAAUGUAAACCAAACCCUUGUAAACACGGAGCAUCAUGCAUGAACGAAGUGAAUGGUUAUAAGUGUGUCUGCCAACCAGGUUACCAAGGAAAGAACUGUGAACUAGAUAUCAACGAAUGUAAACCAAAUCCUUGUAAACACGGAGCAUCAUGCAUGAAUGAAGUGAAUGGUUACACGUGUAUCUGCAAACCAGGUUACGAAGGAAAGAACUGUGAACUAGAUAUCAACGAAUGUAAACCAAACCCUUGUAAACACGGAGCAUCAUGCAUGAAUGAAGUGAAUGGUUACACGUGUGUCUGCAAACCAGGUUACGAAGGAAAGAACUGUGAAAUAGAUAUCAACGAAUGUAAACCAAACCCUUGUAAACACGGAGCAUCAUGCAUGAAUGAAGUGAAUGGUUACACGUGUGUCUGCAAACCAGGUUACCAAGGAAAGAACUGUGAACUAGAAAUCAACGAAUGUACACCAAACCCUUGUAAACACGGAGCAUCAUGUAUGGAUAAAGUGAAUGAUUACAUGUGUGUCUGUAAACCAGGUUACAACGGAAAGAACUGUGAAAUAGAUAUAAACAAUUGCCAGUCAAAACCAUGCCAGCAUGGCGGGAUAUGUGACGACCAGGUUAAAGGUUACAGAUGUACUUGUAUACCAGGGUAUACAGGAUCUAACUGUGAAAUAGCUACGACAUGUUCCUGUACUGCGAGUGGUGAUCCUCACUACCGAACAUUCGAUGGAGAGAUGAUUCAUUUCCAUGGGGCAUGCAAAUAUAUACUUGCUGCAAGUAACGACAAACAAUGUGGAUUCUCCGUUGAAGGCAAAAAUGAAUAUAGAGGUAAAAACCGUAAGGUCUCUUACAUGAGAUUAGUCGACUUCCGGUACCAGGACAGAAUAUACCGCUUGCACCAAGGACGGAAAUUCUAUGUUGAUGGCAUCCAAAAGUACUUACCAUACGAUAACAAUGGAAUAAAAGUUUCUAUAACAGGAACUAAAGUAAAACUUGAAGGACCAUGUGAUGUAACAGUAAUGUUCGAUGGUAACCAUUUCUUCAAAGUAACUAUUCCAAAGACUAUUGGCAAAGACAUUUUUGGCAUCUGUGGAAACUGCAACGGUAAAAAGGAUGAUCUUAAAACAAUGGACGGACUUGAUGUGUCGACUGAGGAUUCAAAAUACACGACAAUUGGAAACAGUUAUGAAAUACCAGAUGAUUCUGAUUUGUUACUACCACAGUGUACUCCGGGCGGCGAUGAAAAUUUAUGUUCUCCUGAACUCGAAACAAAAGCUAAGGAUUCUGGUUGUGCACUUUUACAUCCAGACAGUGUAGUUCACAGUCCAUUUAAAUUAUGUAUAGAAGCUGACAAAAUGAGAGCUUUAGAGAUGUACGAGGCAUGUGUUUUAGAUUAUUGUGCAUUUUACGAUGAUGCAAAACUCCGGGACGAUAUUGUGUGUCAAGGAAUCGAAGGAUAUGCCGAACAAUGCCUGGAGAUGGGUAUUUCCGUUCGUUGGCGAACGAAGGAUGUGUGCCCACUUCCAUGUCAAGCUAAUGCCUUUUAUAAUGGAAGAAUGUCCGCAUGUCCAGCCAUAUGCACAAACUUAUCUGGUCCUCAAAACUGUAAACUACCAUUUGUAGAAGGUUGUCAAUGUAGGAUAGGAUAUGUUCUAAGUAACUUAGAAUGUGUACCCGAAACUGAAUGUGGAUGUCUAACUACAGAAGGUGACUAUAUUCCAGUUGGAAAAGUAAUUGAAAGCCCGGAUUGUACCAGCAUUACCAAAUGUGAAAUACGAAAUGAAAAACCGAAACUGGUUACAUCUCCACGUCCGAAAUGUGGUAUCAAUGCUGAAUGUAAACCUAUAGAUGGACAUUACACAUGUGGUUGUAAACCGGCAAUGGUUGGGGAUCCUCUCAUAGAAUGUCAAAAUCCAAUGUGUACAUGUACUGCAUUUGGGGAUCCACAUUAUACGACAUUCGACGGACAGAUGAUUCAUUUCAUGGGAGCAUGUAAAUAUACAGUAGUGGCAAAUGAUGACGCGUCCUGUAAAUUUGCUGUGGAGGCCAAACAGGAAUACAGGGGAGGCAACUAUAAAGUUGCCUUCUUACGACUCAUGGACUUUAAAUACAAUGAUCAUCACUAUCGUUUGCAUUUAGGACGUCGGUUAUAUGUUGAUGGUAUUCAAAGGUAUACCCCAUUCAAAAAUAAUGACGUGAAAGUAGUAACAGCUGGAGGAGCUCUACGACUAGAAGGACCUUGUGGUGUCAUCUUAGAAUACGAUGGAAUUCAUAUUAUGAAAGUUCAAGUCCCACGUGAACUUGGAAAAGUUGUGCAUGGUAUUUGUGGUAACUGUAAUGGCAUUGCUGAUGAUUUUACAACCAAAAACGGCACAGACGUAUCAAGCUACCCGAAUUUGUAUUCCGCCAUUGGUAACAGCUAUGAAGUAUACGAUGAUUCAGACUUAUUCUUUCCACAAUGUACUCCGGAUAUAGACUUCUAUCCUUGUACAGAUGACUUACUUUUGAAAGCUAAAAAGUCACACUGUGGUCUUUUAAACCCUGAGAACAAGCAAUUCAGUAAAUUUGAAAAGUGUGUAACUGCUGACAUUGAAAGGGCAAUGGAGACGUAUGAUUCGUGUAUCAUUGACUUUUGUGCCUUCCAUGGCGAACCAGACAUGGACAAGUAUGUAUGUGAGGGUCUAGAAGGAUUUGCAUCACAGUGUCAGACCAUGGGAAUACCAAUCAACUGGAGAAGUGACAAGAUUUGUCGUACGUAA